AUGCUGCUUCCUUUGCGAAGCAUAAGCCGUCUUCUCCGCCCUCCGCGACCUUCACAUGCGCGCUCUGUCACCACAUUUCCCAAACCGAUACCAACGUACAUAAAACCAUGGGAUCCUACAAAACACACGUUUCAGGCAGACGUUCUCGCCGAUCCGCGCGAUGGCUCGCGAGACGAACUGCUCAAAGUCGAGCGUUGGCAGCUGCGCCAUUUGCAGCAAUUCGAGGUGUUUCCUGGAGGCACGGACACGUAUACUCACGAGGGUCGCGCCGAAAUAACAAAACUGAACCAUCUCCUGCGACUGGCGGACACGAAGUCGGAUCAUCCAGGACUCCGUCUGAUGCUGUGGAAUACCUAUCGUCGGUUACGGCAUCGCUUUCCGGAAACAGUAUAUGCAAUACCAGACAAAGCAUGGGAUAUACUCUGGAAGAUACAGGAGCGGGGGAUAUCUCCAACCAGCGACGCUUCGCGUCACCUCUUGGAAUUGGAGACGGACAUGGCGACUUGUAGAAAUUACGAGCCAGUAGGACGUCGGAUAAGAUACCUGGACGGUUUAUAUUUGAAUGGACAAGAAGAGCUGGCCUUGAAAGAAUGGGAAGAAGACCAUGAAGGUGUCAACGGCCUCUCACGGCACGACUACAAACCUGAACACCUGGAGCUAGGUGCCAAAAUGUACGCGCUUUCCGGAAACCCUGAUCGCGCACGCAAGAUCAUGGCAGAGCUGUUCGACCUUUAUCCCUCGUGGGAUCCAUCUGUUAUUAAGACUGUCUUUCGCGCUCACACCAGAUCCUCUGAUACCCGGCAUCAUGAUUUGGCGAACGGAAUGUAUAGACAGUUGAAGCAGAAAUUAGGCGAAGAAAUGAUGCUCGACGACUACGACGCUUGUUUUCUGGGCUUUCUGGAAGCUCGUCAUUUGACGUACGCUAAGCUUGUGUUUCGUGACAUGAUCAAGGAAGGCCAUCUCGCCAAAUCAUAUUCUCCUGUAGAGAUAGAGCAAGUUCUUUCUAGACUACACAUGCUCUACCGGCUAGGAACCAACAUCUCGAAGAUGACCAGCAUUGGCUUGCAAGCGGUCAAAUCAUUACCGCCAGCAUAUCACUCACAUGCUUUUGCUCAUUGGAUGAAGGCAGCGGUGAUCUUCAAUGCUCCGGACGCUGCAGGGCAAAUUAUAGAUCUGAUGCUCCGCCGUAACUCUCGACCCCAGACCGUUCACUUCAAUAUGUUGCUAAAAGCACUUAUGCGGACCGAACUUGAGCAAUCCGAGCAGAAUCCAUACGUCCUGAAAGCGGAAAAUAUCGGUUGGCAAAUGAUUGCAGAGGCACGAAAAGCUUCCGUGGAGAAGCUCCCAGCCAUGCCAGCGUCCGAGUUAAUCUCACAAUGGGCCGCUGAGAGGAAAGAAUUGGUACCAGACGACGAGGCUCUGAGGCAUGUUCCUAACGCCAACGUUACCACGUUUGCAAUCAUGAUCAAGCACCAUGCAAAUAGAUUGCAGUGGCAGCACGUGGAUUAUUUGACGAGACAAUUAGAAGAGAGUGGCAUCCGGCCUAACACAGAGCUGAUGAAUAUUCUCAUGGACAACAAGUGCCGUCAAGGAAAAUUCAGCGAAGCCUGGAAGACCUACAAAUCGUUGACAGAUCUACCGGCGGGCUCACCCGGUGUCUUUCCCGACGGAUCCAGCAUCAGAUGCUUGUGGAAGAUGCUUCGACUUGCGCUUGGAGACCAGGUUGCUCGCGAUGACCCGAACCUUCCUCGACCACGUGAGUUGUUGGCCGAGACCGUCCAAUGGUGGACGCGCUGUCGAGCCAGACCUGACGCGGAGCGGUUUCGGAUUGGUUUAGCCGCCACGGAUCAGAAGGCGCUGCCAAGCCUGGUGAUGCACUGCUUCAGCUAUACGAACGAUCUGGCAGGUUCGCUUGUUGGUCUGCAUAUCCUGCGAAAGACCUUUGACAUCUUUCCAUCCGACAUAUCUGCGGAAAUAAUCCAGCGACAUGCCGCUUGGGUCGACAUGCGCAACAAAGGCCCUGUUGAGCGAUCAAGCCUUCACCACCGUGGAGUAUACAAGACGAAUCUCGAGCAAAUAGGUCGGGUCUACUACAUUCUCGUGGAUCGCCGGUGGCAGAAGAUGAAUAUCACUCCGGAAGACUACGCCGGAUUCAAGGACGAAGAAAUCGGGGAGCUUGGCCUCAAUUUACUCUCAGAAUUCAUCCGCGUGGUUUUAAAACGCUCGCACCCCCCGGCAGCGGUAGAAGACAUGAUCAAACAGGCCAAAGUCGACGCUGGAGUCCCUGAUAUGGCGACUGGUGAUCUGGAUGCCUUCCAGGUAGCCUGA